GAAUCCUAAACUGGGAGGAGUCCACACGUCCACCGUGAGCCGCAGAGCCAGAUUGUACUUGGAUAAUUCUGUCUACGAAGAUAUGGGAAAUAUUUCUGUAUCAACAUUCAGCAAACCCUCUAACACCAGAAGAUCUGCUGCCACUAAACCACAAUAUACACUUUGUCAUUUACUAAGCAUUGUAUAUAUAUAAAAAAAAAUCUAAGUUGUGAAUUAUGUAAUGGAGUAAAAUUAAGUUAAUAAAAAUCAGGAUCCGAUAUGAAAAGUUAUCUGUACAAAAAUACGACACACGAUCAAAAUAAUACCAAAAUAUAAGUUUAACUGGGUGUCUGUAUCAUAAAGCAUUAUAAUAUAUUGAAAAUAUUUGGUAUAAUGUGCAGUGUUGGGAAGGUUACUUUUAAAAUGUAUUCCCUUACAGAUUACAGAUUACAUACCCCAAAAUGUAGUUUGUAACGUAAUCCAUUAAAUUACUUAAAGUGAGUAACGUAAUCUGAAUACUUUGGAUUACUUGAUAUUGUUGUGCUUUUUAAAACGACAUGAAUGUAGCGACCACAUCCUGAAAAUUCUUGUUCUCUUCAAAUUGUCUGUUGAGCCCAAGUCUCGAUGAAUAAGCCACUGUUUGCUAUAGAGGAGCAAAGACCAGGAAAUCAUAACAUAAUUGUCUGCUAAAAGAAAAUAAAAAACCCAGUCUUUACUUAAGCCUAUAAAAAAUAUUAUUGAUAGAGAAAUGAUUUCUAUAUGAGAUCACUGCUGCCUUAAAUUAUGUUCACGCUACUGCUAGGUGUCAUAUUGUUUAGACCUGGUUUAGUCCUGGUUUUAGACCUGGUUUAGUCCAAAAUGUGAAAACCGGAAAAUCCCGCCGUGUAAUCCAUUUAUUUCAACAAAGUAACUGUAAUCCAAUUACCACUCACUGAAACAGUAACUGUAACUGAAUACAGUUACUCAUCAUUUGUACUCUGAUUACGUAAAUGUAAUCUGUUACUCCCCAACACUGAUAAUCUGUAAUAAAAUAAGUAAAAAGCCAUAAAAACGUGCUUUACCUUCUCGGAUGUUGCCGCUGUCUCCCGCUAUCGACGUCACAUCACAACAUCCGCUCCAGCCCCGUGCCACUUCCGGCACAGAUCCGGUUAGCCACAUUAGCUGCAGCGCUAGCAUCAAACGAGUUAAUUUCCACAAAAAUACGGUUAUUUCUGCACAAAUUGGUUUUACGUGGAUCUGUUUGGAUGAACAUGUAGGAGGCAGGUUCGUCGGCGGCGUGUGGUGAAUUUUGGCGACGGUUUAAAGCAGCGUCAUGGUGGACGUGUCUUCCUCUUGGGUUUGUGAAUCAGAGGGACGAUCUCUGUCUGACGUCCUGAGAAUUUACAACAACGAAGACCCCAAUGAAAACCACGAACAACAACAAGAACAAAACUGUUCCACAGCCCCGGUCCUGUUGUCCCAGCCGGAGGAGAGCGCCCCCUGUGUGCUGUCUCUGAACUGCAGCCCCCCCUCUGUGAUCAGGAGGCUGGAGUUUGUGACUGAAGCUCGGACCGUGGAGGUGUACGACCAGAGCGGAGAAUACUGCGGGACCGUGAGAGGAGAGAGGGACCAGAGCGUCCACACAGACAGUCCAGACUCAGGGCCUUUCUACAGGAAACAGCUGGUCCUGGAUCACCCCUCGGCCUCAUGUGACGUCAAGCUGUUGUCUCUGUGCGGGCGGCGGUGCGUUCGGGUGCUCUCGGUCUCGGUGGGAGUGGAGACGGUGCGUUCAGGCGUCUCUGUAAACCACAGCAUCGACCUGCAGCAGGUUCAGUCCAUGAUGGAGGAGAUGGGCACGAGUCUGUCUCCGGGAGCUCAGCAUCUCAUGGACAUGGUGCAGUUCCAGCAGCAGAAUCAGACGUCUUCUUUGAGUUCUCUCUUCCCGAUGUUGAUGGGAGGAAGAGCUUUGCCUCAGAUGCCCUCCCCGCUCCAGUUUCCGCCUCCGUUCACUUCCUCAGCCGCUGAAACUCCGUCCAAUCAGAUCGGAGCGAUGUCACAUGACUCGUCUGACUCCACCUGCUCAGAGAGCAGUGAGUCCCGCAGCCCCGUAAGCCCCGCCCACAUUUCAGAGAUGAUGUCACAGCUGCUGAAGGGGCGUGGCCAGGCUCUAGACUCCGCCCCCGACCUGCUCCCCGUCCUGCAGAGCGUGUGCGGCCACGUGACCCAGCUCAGACUCGACAACGCCGCCGCGCUGAAGGAAAUAAACGACGGAACAUGUGCGUGCGACCCGGAGAUGGAGCGGCGUCUGGAGCAGAUGGAGCGACGUCUGAAGGAACAUUUCGACAGACGACUGGACGCCCUCGAGCAGAAGCUGGACUCUGUUUUGAACCUGGCGCUGACCAACCAGAAUUUACUCCCAGAAUUCCUCCCAAAGUCGCCGACGGAAGAGAAGAUCCACCAGGAGACCGUGAACUGAGCCGGGAUUUACUCGAGUAUUAACAUCAGCGAAGACAGAAGAAAAAACUAAACCAACUAAACCGGUCUGGGGUUUGUUUUUAAACCAGGAUCGACGUCGCUAACAUGAAAUCCAGCACUGAUCAAACUCAAGAACUGUAUUUUGUGUCUAAAAUGUCUAAAAAUGUGAGAAGCUGCUUUAAAGUCAAACUAACGAGGCUGGAGUGUGUUUUGAACCGGAAUUAACUGAACCAGGAUUAACCCAAGCACACGGAAGAAGGUUUAAAUCAACUCUGAAUGAACUGAAAAUGGUUUUAAAAGCAAAAAUUAAAUCCAAGUACUGUAUUUUUCGGCCUAUAAGUCGCACCAGACAAAAAAUGUGUAAUGGAGAAGAGAAGUCAGGUUGUAGUAAAAACAACAGAAGAGAGAAGAACAAACUGUUCACACUGUCACAUAUUUCACAGUUCUUCAGAUAAACUAGAAACAACAGAACAGAACAAGUUGAACAAACUCUCCAUCUCACUCCAAAUCACUAAAUCACUUCAGUUCUUCAUCCUCGUGUCACUUCUGAACAACUCGACCUCCGGAGGGAAACAGAGCCACGCAAACUCUUCUGUGUCGCUGUCGUCCAGAGUCGUGACUUGGACUCGAGUCAUGACUUGAGUCACUAUUUUUAGGUCUUGAGACUUGACUCGAUAAAAUGAACUAAGACUUGGGACUCGACCUGGACUUGAAGCUCAUUGACCUGGGACUUGACUCGGACUUGAGGAACUGUGAUUUGAGAAGCACUUUACAAAUCUGAAUUCUUUCAGUUCUGACCGUAAUGAUUCACUCGAAGAUCUUGUCGAGACGUUUAAAAAGGAAAAACUUUCAUUUCUACAACUCUUAUAUACUCUCUAACCAGUGUCGGGAGUAACAGAUUACAUGUACCAGAGUUACGUAAUCAGAGUACAAUUUAUGAGUAACUGUAUUCAGUUACAGUUACUGUUUCAGUGAGUGGUAAUUGGAUUACAGUUACUUUGUUGAAGUAAAUGGAUUACACAGAGGGAUUUAACUGUUUUCACAUUUUGGGCUAAAUCCCCCCUUUUUUUCUUUUUUUCAGUAAUUCCACUCAUUGACAGAAACUUAACCAGGUCUAAACUAGAUCUAAACCAGGUCUAAACUAGAUCUAAACCAGGUCUAAACUAGAUCUAAACCAGGUCUAAAACAGGAAUAAGACCGUGUCUCCUCGUUUUCUAUCAAUAAUAUUUUUAAUUUGGUUCAGUAAAGUCUGGGCUUUUUUAUUUUCUAUUAGCAGAUAAAAUCUUAACAUCUUAUGUUACGAUAUCCUGGUCUUUGUUUCUCUACAGCAAAUCAAGUAAUCCAAAGUAUUCAGAUUACUUUACUCACUUUAAGUAAUUUAUUGGAUUACAUUACAAACUACAUUUUGAGGUAUGUAAUCUGUAAUCUGUAGGGGAUUACAUUUUAAAAGUCACCUUCCCAACGCUGUGUAUAAAUACUCAUAUAUAAAUUUACUAUGAUUUUUAAAGUACAAUUUAGUUUAAAAUUCACAUAAACUGCAGAAAUCUAAACUAUAUUUGUGGCCCAGUGACUUGGACUUGCCUGUAUUUGACUUGGGACUUGACUCAGACUUGAGGUCAAAGACUUGACACUUGUAAAACAAAGACUUAGUCCCACGUCUGCUGUGGUCAGACUCAGCAUCAGUUCAGUUUGAAUUAUUCUGGUCUUUCUGAAUCUCGACAGGUGGUUUCAGUGUCACUGAAGUCCAGACUUUGUCCAUCAUCCAGUGACUUCAGGAAAGUUUCCUGGUGCUUCCUCCAAGUGUCACAAGUUUCUCUCUCGCUCCAAACUGUGGCUCCAGGACAGAGGCUCUUUGUGCAGGAGACAUGUGCAGUAGAGUGAAGUGACAGUGGUGCAGGAGGAACAGGAGCAGCAGAUCCUCACACACAAGACCAGAACCUGUCCACACUUCACCAGAAACAUCACAGGAAACACACAAACCAGGAACAAAAAGUCACAUUUAUAAUCUGAAAACUCCAGUUCCUGCCCUGAUUGGUCUGAUAUUAAUGUUCAUAUCCAGAGGUGAGACUUGUGAGUCGUGACUUGGACUCGAGUCACGACUUGAGUCACUAUUUUUAGAACUUUUUUGAGACUUGACUUGAUAAAAACUCGACCUCCGGAGGAAAACGGAGCGACGUAAACUCUUCUGUGUCGCUGUCGUCCAGAUGUGGGACUUGGACUCGAGUCAUGACUUGAGACACAAUUUUUAGGACCUGAGACUUGACUUGGGACUCGACUUGGACUUGAAGGUCAGUGACUUGGGACUUGACUCAGACUUGAGGCUUGUGACUUGAGGAGACUUGAUGUUUCUCCUGAAAAAAAUAUGUAAAUACUUUUCUCUUUACAGUUGAUAAAUGUGGCAUUUAAUUUUAAAGGAACAAACUGGAACAUGUCCCCCCCACUUUUGUUUAGUACUUUAGAUAAAGCUGAAGUACUCUGAUACUCAAAAGUACUACAGUAAUAUAAAGUACUACAGUAAUAUAAAGUACUAUACAGUAAAACAGAGAAAAUACAGAGAACUUGAUCCUUCCAUUUCAGACACACGACAAAAUAACUGUAAUUAUCCCUCCAUGUUGUUCUUCUUCUUCUUCUCUGGGUCUCGGGGGCAUCAGUCUGAACAGAGACUCCCAGACUUCCCUCACCCCAGACACUUCCUCCAGCUCCUCCGGUGGGACCCCGAGUCGUUCCCAGACCAGCGCAGAAACUGUAAUGAAUCACUUUUAAACCUUUCUGUUCUGAGCGUCAUGAUUCACACUCAGAUCUUGUCCAGACGUUUAAAAAGGAAAAAUUAACAUAAUGAACAUUUCUACAACUCAAAUAAAAACACUCAUAAAUAAAUAAACCAUGACUUUCAUAUAAACUGCAAAAAUCUAAACUAUAUUUGGUACUAUAUAUUGGUUUAGAGACUUGAAAUGACUUGAAGCUCAAAGCAGACGACUUGGACUUGAGUUGGACUCAUGGCCCAGUGACUCGAGACUCGACUUGGACUUUCCUGUAUUUGACUUGGGACUCGACUCGGACUUGAGCUGAAAGACUCGAGACGUGUAAAACAACGACUCGGUCCCACCUCUGUUCGUAUUUUUAUUUCGACAAAACAGUGAAAUAAAACCCUGGGUUCAUGUGUCGCGAGUUUCAUCUGAACAUUUAAGACUAAAACGACGAGUCCAGGUCCAGCAGCAGGUCCAGGGGGAGGAGCCACGUACUGUUCUCUCAAUAGAAAGUGAACUGGAGCCAGAGUCGGUGGAGUCUGUCGUUCUGACUGUAGUUUGUUUUAUCCCUGUUUCCUGUUUCACUGUGACGUCUCGUUUCUCUGUGUGGAAACUGAAAAGAUAAAAACACUAAUGGUUUGGUUUUUAUUAACUCUCUGUGUCGGAAAAUAAAAUCUCCUGAGUUUAAA